AUGGCUGGUGGCUCGGCCUUGGCCACUGAGGAGUCCCUGGCUGGCACUGGCUCUGUCGGACAAGGGAAAGCUUCCAGCAGUUUCUCACAGAAGCAACCCCUGUCGCUCUGGCCAGCUACCAAAACCUUGCCAUGCAAACCCAGUACAGCAGCUCCUGUGGAGCCGUCUCUGAGUUGUGGUGAGAUGUUUGUUUUACCCAUGGCACAGCCAAGAGGAAAAAGUGACCUCUGUGAACAGCAAGAUGUGGGGGAGGGAAGGCAGUGGGGAACCAGGCUCAGCCCCAUCAUCCCUCCUCGAGUUGAUGCAAAUCCUGCUUGGCUGUUGCUGGAAUCUGCUCACUGCUGUGGUAACCGGCUUGGGUUAAAGCAGAAUAAGCAGAGUCCAGAACAGAGGUCUGGAGGAACUAAAAAAGCAAAGAAGGCACCUGCUUCUCCAGCCAAGGAAGAGAAGCCCAAAUUAACCAUUUUUGAAGAGGAGGUGGAUCCAAAUGAAGGACUCUUUGGCCCAGAAAAAGAUUUCUCAGCAAUUGGUCUCAGAAGAAAGAUGAAAGAGAAUCUGAAGUUAUUUGAAGACCCAGACCUUGGUGGAGUGGUGAGACUGGGCGACUCACUGCUGCUGCCAGCUGCCUGUGAGCACAGCAAGGAUGUGCUGAGCAGGGAUCCUGAGGAGGACACUGAGGAACUGCUGAGAGUUGAAGAUGAUUUUGAGAAACUCUUGGAGGUUACCUCCAAACCAAAACCUAAGGUCCCACCAAAACCUCAGAAGCCAGCAGUUGCCCCCAGGAGCACUAAUUCACCUUCACUGGCAAAGCAAAAGGAAAACAGAAUUCAGACGAUGAAUGAAGUGGACAUUCUCCAGUAUAUCCAGGAAAAUGAAUCUAUCAACAACCAGGAUACCAGUCUUUUUUGAUUAUAUGUAUUUUUAAAACGUGAUGAUGCCUCCUUGGCUCCACCUUCCAGUGAGCUCAAGUGACAGCAGCAAGAAUUGACCAGGUGUUUGUACUGUCAAAGUGCUCAUUUGUGUACCAGGAUACAGAGAGCAGCAUGUCUGAGUAGCAGAACCUCCCCGUGAUGUUUUCCAGACAGUGCAGCUGUGAUUUAAUAUUGCCUUAGAUUUUCAGGGUUUUACAGGGAAUGUGGACAAGGAUGUAGCACUAUAGAUUGUCUACUGCUGUUUUAGUAUCAGCAUUGUACAGUUUUGGCCAGUUGAUUGAAAAUGGUGAAGAUGUUGUUGUACACAUGGCAGCUGUGAAUAAUGUCCAACAAAUGGUCUGAGGCAUGAUAGGAUGCUGUUCCUGUCAUUUUUAGAUGUUUUUCAGCUCAGUGUAAAGGCCAAUUUCCUUUUAUCCAGUGCAUUUUUGUAGCAGCCUUUUCCUCUCUGACUGAUACAUCGGUAAUUUUUAACAGGAACUGUUAAAUAUAGUUAACAGUUCCUCUGUCUUUCCAUGGAGCAUGGAAAUCCUAGCUAAGCCUGACAAUCUGCUGCCUUAAUUGCUGCACAAAUGCCAACUUGUAAGAGAACUUUAGGCCUGCAAAGACCACACUAUGCAUCUCUGAUUCCUGGGAAGAAUAGCAGAUGACUGAGGGUGGCUAAGAACACUCUCCAGACACAGAUGGAGGUUGCAGUGUGUAGGAGGUUUGGGUGUUGUAGGACUCCUGUGAACUCCAGAUUCAAAAGGGCUAAUUUUUUUCCAGCCAAGUCUUCCUGGACUCCCACUGUAGUUAGUGGAGAGAGAGAGAUUUUUCCAGGAGGUCAUUCAGUGCAGGUGUGUUAAUGGAGGAAAUCUGAAUUGCUCUCUGGAGUCACUCUUUCUCUCCUAUUUCUUCACUUCUUCCAGAAUUUUUAAGGACCAGCCAUUGUGAUCCAUUCCACUAAACUAAAAUGAGUUUGUGUGAUAAGAUGGUGGUCUGUUCUUUACCAUGUGAUGGUUAAAACAAGGGAAGACAAACAUGGCAUUAUCUAGAGGAAAAAAAAUAGGAAGAAAAUAUAAUGAAGAAAUUUUAAUAUGCAGGAAGAGAAAAGCUUUGUAGAAUAGGUAUCCAAGAAUUUCCCUUUUCUUGCUGAACUCAGGCACGCUGGUUGAAGAUACCAAAUUUACAUCUAAUGUGGGUUGAUGCCUGCUGUCAUGCAGAGAUUCCUGAACUCAUUCCAUGUGUGGUCUAGCUAGAGAUGAAGACAAGCUCCCCAGAGGCAAAAUUUUAAUAUAUUUAAGCCAUAUUAUCAUCCCAGUGUUUGCCUUGCUAAUAUAGAACAAAAUAAAUAUAAAGCAUUAUAUAUUUUUAAUAAUGAAAUUAUUUCUAUUAGCAUUUCCUUUUUAAGCCAGUGGAAAAUAUUAUGAAGGUAUUUUGCUUUGAUGGGACAGAUAAAGUAUAACCAUUGGUUCUCCUCUGUGUGUGGUAUGUUUUACUAUAAUAAAACAUUUUGCUAACCUGCAGGUGUUGUUGCUGUUGUUCUCUAGGUUGUACAUAGCAGCAAAGAAUCGAUUCAUUUCAGCUGAGGAGGAGUGCUAUGUGUUAUUAAAGUGUAAAUAACUAUGAAACCAAAAAUGUAGCUGUGCUCAUAUUUCCUUUGAGAGCAGCUACAGGCAGAACCAAAGGUACUACCUGGUCCCAUCUGUCCCCCCAGUGUCCUGGUGCAAUUAGGAAUAAAAAGGUGAAUAAAAGUAGUGAGGACAAAAUAAAUGCCAUGCCCAAGAACAGGCAGGGAAUAGCAGGCAGGAAAAAUUACUUCAGGGCAGUCUUCCUGUUGCACUCCCUGCUGUCAUGAACAACCACUGUAUUUAACUGAGGGCUCAGGGAGCAUCUUCUCCAUUUUACUCAUCACUGUUGGGGGACACUGCUUGCAUUUCUCUGUUUUUGGACUACAGCCCACCACACAGCCUGAACACUGCUGAAACUUCCAGACUGCAGGCCAUGGAUUUAAUGAUCAGUAGAGGGAAUGCAGUUCUUCACCCUCCUUGAAUGGCCAAGGAGUAUUUUGGCCCCCCAGCUCUCCCUAAAAUUGUCAAAUUACCUAAGCACAGGGAAGGAAGAGCUGUUAAUUGUUUCUUGUGCUGGAUUUUUAAGGUUAUUUUGAGGUCAGUAUUAUACUGACCUCAAAAUAUUCAGAAUAUAUUCAGAAAAAAAGUCUAGCGUUCCUUUUAAGAGGGAUCCUUCAUAAGCCCUGGUGUUAUGCUUUUGUUUUACAAUGCAAAUGCCUAGCUGCAGUCAUAUUUUUGGGCACUGAGGGGUGAGUUACAGUCAUUGAAUACAUUAUAUAUAAUGAAUCAUUAUUAUACAAGAGAAGAAUGUCAGACAAAGGUAGCCCAGAAAAAUUGAACAUUCUAUUAGAAAUGACAUAGGGAAACUAUACAACAUACUUCCCAUCCUUCCAGAAGAGAACUUUUUUUUUUCUUUCUUUCAUAUUUUAUUCUAGUAGCAGCUAUUUGAUUAGCCUGGUCUUGACAACUCUUGAAAUUCAAUUAUGGACUCUUAGUGUAGUUCUUGGCUGACAGUCAUCACCUUCCAACAUCAGUAAUAGAGUUGAUCAAAAGAUUUGACAAGAAAGUUAUAUUUAAAUCCUUAAAAAAGAUAGGGAGGUUAGUUAGAGCUCAUAAUAGGUAUCUCUAUUGCUUUAUAAGCUGUUUCUUGUUUUGCAUAACAUUUUGCUUGCUCUGUGGUACAGCAUUAAUUGACAGCUAACACUGUGUACUUCAUUAUUUGGGUCACAGUUAAACAAAUUACUUCACCAAGCUGAGUAUUUCACAGAUGAGUUGUGGGUCAUCUGCUCAGGUCUGUUCAGUUGGGGAAUUUUUAUGAAGGCUAAUUCCCAUGUAGCACUUAAGGCCUAGUUCUGUCAAUGACAAUUUGGGUUGAGUUGUAAAACAAUAUAUUAAUUGAAACUGAUAUUCCUGCUAAUUUUUGCCCAGAUGUUAGCUUCUACAAAGAAACUAAGUAGGCUACAGCAGAAUACACAAGUCAGCCUCUGAUUUAAGGUCAUGAAAAUCCAGCAUGCUCAAUCCAGCCACUAAGGCAUUACCUGCUGUAAAUGAGCAAUCCCUGAGGUUAGAUUUAAUAUUGAGUACCAGAAAGUACUGAUAUUUCACUUAAAAAUGUGACUGUCACUAAUUCUUGAAUCUCUGUGUAUGUGUGCAUCAACCACAUUUUAUCUCAAUUGAUCACACAUUUGUGACAGUUUAAUGUCUGUGGGUCAAGAAGAGAGAAGGCUUUUACUGUGAAGUUUUAUCUAUAUUCUUAUAUUUAUAUUCUUAUUUUCAUCUCAACAUCAACAACUGGAGUAAAUUGUCACUCACUUCCUGUAUUGUGCCCAUUUCUUCCUUAAUUCAUCUUUAAACCCUCCUUAUCCAAUUUUUUUUAGCCUUCACCCUAUCUGAUCUUUCUUUAAAGCCUCCUGCAUGUUGUUAUUUCAUGUCAUGCCUUGAACCUAAUGAAGAAUUCAUUGGGAAAAUCUUGUGCACUGCUUUGAGUAAAUAUACUAGCACUGGAAGGUGGUAAAUUAAAUUAUUGUCAAAUUAAAUGCUGCUGGGAGAGUUCAGAAGUCAAUAAAGCUGCUUAAAGGAU